UUAGAAGAUAUCUUAAUUUUUAGUUUAAUUUAAUCUUCUCUUAUUUUUUAAUCCUGUUUCUUCUACACAUUUUUGUUCUUUUAAUUAUUUUUCAUUUUUCAGUUGAUUUUUCCAGUUUCAACACAUACUUUUAUCAUUUUAUUAACACAACUCUCCAUAUUUUAAGGAGUGAAAUUAGAUAAAUAGAUAUUUCCACAAUAUAUUAAUGAAACUAAUUUUCUUAUGGAUAUAAAUGUUACAAUUGGUUUGUUGAAAAUAUGUUAAAAUUGGUUAAACUUAAUUUCCAGAGUUGGGGUCGUUUUUUCCAAAAAGGUCCCUUGUUGGAGAGUAGAAGGGGAUAUGUUCAUUUUCAGCGGUCUAAACCGCACGAUUUUGAGCUGCCUCUGGACACCAUGCCAAAGGACAUUGAUACUUUGAUGAACUCUGACCCUCAGAAGAUGGACUACUUUGGAAGUUACUGGUACUGGCGAAUAAGAGGAGAAUCUACUCUCAUGGACACUGAUACACUUCCUCAAAAGAGCUAUAAACAGUUGGCAAGGGACCUCGGGAUGCAGAUCGUUUCAGAGCCUUCAGAACAUAUGUUAGGGUUGUUGGAGUUGUAUGAGUAUCUGAAAACGUCUCCAUUUGUCGGUCCUUUUGGUACUAUACAAAAUCCAGUAUUGGUACCUUCAGUUAUGACUGAAAGGGUGGUUGGAUGUACUGGAGGAAGCGGUGAACACGAACAUGUUCCUUUGUGGUUUCGAUGCCGCGAAGGGUUUUUAUACCGUUGUGGAGAGUGUGAUCAGAUUUUUAUGCUUGUUAGAGUCCUUUAUUCGCUACCAGACGGUGAGGAUCCCUUCCCACCGGACCCCGACGUCAACGACGUCUUUGACAACGAUAUUAUUGCCAAGGGGCAGUUUAAAUGGAACACUGGCGAUUAUCUUAAAUGGCCUUUAGGAAAUGCAACCUAUAAACAAUUAUUUUUACAAGGUAAAUGGGGAAAUGUACCAAUGGAUAAUUAUGAAGCCGAUACAAGUGAUGUAGUUGACAUGCAACCACUUCACAAACAUAAAAAAUAUACGCAACUCUAGUUACUUUAGCCGUUAAUUAAUUUUAUUAUUUUACAUUUCACCUUUUCCACUUAAUCCUAAUAUUUUUUACAAAAUUAUUAUAAAAA